GUAGACAUUCGCAAAAUGCUCGUCCUCGUCGCAGCAGUGCUCAUCGUAGUGAUAUAUUUUUAUUACAAAAAUGCAUUCGCAUAUUGGGAGCGUCGUGGUGUCCCUACACUGCAACCAUCUUUCCCAUUCGGUAACAUGUUUCGCGUUGUGGUCCGCAUGGAAAGCGUCAACGAUAAAGUGUGCGAAAUAUACAACAAAAUGAAAAGUGCAGGAUAUAAAUACGCUGGAAUAUAUUUCUUUUCACGUAAAGUAUUCCUCGCAAUUGAUCCACAGUUAAUAAAAUGCAUAUUGGGUAAAGAUUUUCGUCAUUUCAACGACCGAGGUAUUUACUACGAUGAAGAAAAUGAUCCGGUUAGUGCACAUUUAUUCUCCUUGAGUGGACCGAAGUGGAAAACUCUACGAAGUAAAUUAACACCGGCAUUCACAGCUGGCAAAACAAAGUAUAUGUUUGAUGCUAUCAAAAGUUGCGGUGAUGAUAUGGUACAACUCUUGGAAAAUCUCAUGAAACUAGAUGAGGAUAUAGAAAUAAAAGAUAUUCUCGCCCGGUUUACCACAGAUGUAAUUGGUUCAUGUGCGUUUGGCAUUGAGUGCAACAGUUUGACCAACCCAAACGCCGAAUUCCGUGAAAUGGGACGACGUGCUUUCACACAAACCCCGGGCGAUGUAUUUAAAAUGGUCAUCAUUCGCAGUUUCCCGAAAUUGGCGAAACUCUUAAAGCUAGGCGUAUUUUCCCCACGAGUAUCAAGAUUCUUCCAACAAGUCGUAGAGGAUACUGUUAACUUCAGAGAGCAGAAUAAUGUAACUCGGCCGGAUUUUCUACAGCUGUUAAUUCAAAUGAGAGGUGAUGCUUCAUUAAACAAUUUACACAAUGAUGGCAACAACCACGCAGACGAGACUUGCGGGGAUGGAUUAACGAUGAACGAAAUUGCGGCGCAGGCUUUCAUAUUCUUCCUGGCAGGCUUUGAAACGACUUCUACGACGAUAAGCUUUGCUCUGCUGGAGAUGGCAUUAAACCCAAGCAUUCAAGAACGCGCACGCAGCGAACUUGCAGAUGUAUUAAACAAACACGAGAAUAAAUUAACUUAUGACGCUGUCGGGGAACUACAAUUUCUGGAGACUGUUGUAUUAGAAUCAUUGCGUAAAUAUCCACCAGCUCCGGUCUUUCUACGCAAGUGCACUGAACGUUACCAAGUUCCCGGAACAAAUGUGUAUGUGGAAAAAGGCCUUUCAGCGCUUAUUCCAGCAAUGGCACUGCAUCGCGAUCCUGAUUUCUAUGAGAAUCCAGAAUGCUUUGAUCCAGAACGCUUCAAUGAAGCCAACCGUCACAAGAUCAAGGAACACGUCUUUUUGCCUUUUGGAGACGGCCCGAGGAUUUGCAUAGGAAUGCGUUUUGCAAUGGUUCAAUCGAAACUUGCGCUUGCGCAGUUUCUGCAACAUUAUUGCUUUACUCUAAGUGAGAAGACGCAAUUACCGUUGAAAAUGGAAACAAAGGGAAUUGUGCUAACUCCCAUCGGUGGCAUAUGGUUGAAAUUUCCAAAAAGUUCGCUUUAAAGUUGUAUUAAACAAAUAUAAACUGUGCU